UCUUCGUACCCCCUGCAGGCCUUCCAUCCCCAGCGCAGCCGUCCAGGGUCUCACCGGCGCUCCCCCGACGGAACUGCCCCAGCAUUUAGCCGGCAUCCCCUGGCGGCCCCCAGACGCAUCCCCCGGCCCAAGACGAGGAUGAACAGGACAGGCGAGGCACAAAGUCGCAACUGAACUUUUUAAAAACAUUAUCUGCGUGUGUACGUGUGUAGCGGGGAAGAAUGAGCUGAUGCCUAGGGUCCAACCACCCCCUUGCUGCCUCCAAUCCCCUGCCGCCACUGCCCUCGCAGACGCCCGAGCACACACUGCCCUUGGGCCGGGUUUCAGCGCUUCGUCCCCGGGCUUGGAUGGGAGUUUUCAUUUCCGAAGGAGGCAGAGCCGGUGGAGCGCGCUGAAGGGCUGGAGCCCCAAGUUACUCCUCGCCAGCGCCAGCCCCAGCCAGCCCGCUGUCACUCUCACAGGCUGCCUGGGGAAAGGGACCCGCAAGCCCGGCUUUGUUGUGGAAAUUCCCGUUACCUGGCUUAUAACCCACACCAUGGAUAACUUAUUGGACUUUGCCUGAAAGGAGUCAUUAGUGCCAUUGGAUAUUUGACCAUCCUGGCCACAGGUUUUUCAGAAUGAAUGGAAGGUCAUGCGGCAUGAGUCUCCACCGGACACUGGGAACCCCACAGGGGCCUGGGAUGAUCAGUGGUCAACACAUUCCUCCCAUCCAAGCCCACUCAGGGACUCCUGGUCCCUCACCUUGUGGCAAUACACCAAGCCCGGCUAUCGGAAGCCUGGCUAACAGCCUCCAUCUCAGGAUGCCCUCUGGAGGAGGGAUGGCUCCUCAGAACAACGUGGCUGAGAGCCCCAUCCAUCUGCCUGCCUUGAGUCCCAGGAGACAAGUGCUCACCAAUGGGAAGCCGCGGUUCCAGGUCACCCAGGCUGAAGGCAUGUCAGGGUCACACACUUUAAAGCCAAAACAACAGGAGUUUGGAAACCCUUUUCCUCCCAAUCCCGGGAAAGGGGCUCUUGGCUUUGGGCCUCAGUGCAAGUCCAUUGGAAAAGGCAGCUGCAACAAUCUAGUGGUCACCAGCAGUCCCAUGAUGGUUCAGCGACUGGGACCCAUUUCACCUCCAGCAAGCCAGGUCUCUACAGCAUGCAACCAGAUCAGUCCUAGCUUACAGAGGGCAGUGAAUGCAGCCAACCUGAAUAUACCUCCUUCAGAUACCAGGUCCCUGAUUUCGCGCGAGUCUUUGGCAUCCACAACUUUGAGCCUGACGGAGAGUCAGUCGGCCUUGAGUGUGAAACAAGAGUGGUCUCACGGCUACAGGGCUCUUCCUUCGCUGUCCCCCAGCCAUGGCUCUCAGAAUGGCAUUGAUCUAGGGGACCUCCUUAGCCUUCCUCCCGGGACACCUAUGUCCAGCAACAGCGUCUCUAACUCAUUGCCAUCCUACCUUUUUGGCAUGGAAAAUAGCCACUCUCCCUACUCUAGUCCUCGGAACUCAUCCACCAGGUCUCACUCGGCCCGCUCUAAGAAGAGAGCACUGUCGCUGUCACCACUGUCUGAUGGCAUCGGGAUAGACUUCAAUACCAUAAUCCGCACAUCACCCACCUCCUUGGUGGCCUACAUCAAUGGGUCCAGGGCUUCCCCAGCCAACAUGUCCCCGCAGCCAGAGGUCUACGGGCAUUUCCUGGGGGUGCGAGGCAGUUGCAUUCCCCAGCCGUGCCCGGUGCCCAGCGGCCAGAAGAGCGUGCUGGUGGCCAGCGGCGGCCUGGCGCUGCCGGUGUACAGCGAGGGUGGCACGCUGGAGUACGGGCGCAUGCAGCAGCUGGAGCACGGUGGCCUGCAGCAUGGCCAGGUCAAUAACAUGGUGGUGCAGCACGGCCUGCCAGGCCCCGACGGCCACUCGGCCGGCCUGCUCAAGACCGAGCGCCUGGAUGAGUUCACCGGCGGAGCCCUGGACCUGGCCCCUGCGCCUGCCCUCCCGCCCCUGCCGCCACCCCAGGGCCCCCCGCCACCCUACCACGCCCACCCUCACCUUCAUCACCCAGAGCUGGUGCCACACGGCCAGUCGCUGUCCCUGCCCCAAGCUGCCCUGGACGACGACGGGGACAUGGACGACGUCGGGGGCAAGCACUGCUGCCGCUGGAUUGACUGCAGCGCCUUGUACGACCAGCAGGAGGAGCUGGUGCGGCACAUCGAGAAGGUCCACAUAGACCAGCGCAAAGGGGAAGACUUCACCUGCUUCUGGGCCGGGUGUCCUCGGAGGUACAAGCCCUUCAACGCCCGGUACAAACUGCUGAUCCACAUGAGAGUCCACUCCGGGGAGAAGCCCAACAAGUGUACGUUUGAAGGUUGCAAGAAGGCCUUUUCGAGGCUUGAAAACCUCAAGAUCCACUUGCGGAGUCACACGGGCGAGAAGCCGUACCUGUGCCAGCAUCCGGGCUGUCAGAAGGCGUUCAGCAACUCCAGUGACCGUGCCAAGCACCAGCGGACACACCUGGACACUAAACCUUAUGCUUGUCAAAUUCCAGGAUGUACCAAACGCUACACAGACCCAAGUUCACUAAGAAAGCACGUGAAGGCACAUUCUUCCAAAGAUCAACAGGCGAGGAAAAAGCUGCGGUCCAGCACAGAGCUCCAUCCAGACCUGCUCACAGAUUGCCUCACGGUGCAGCCCCUGCAGCCAGCCUCUUCCCCGAGAGAUGCUGCUGCCGAAGGGGCUGUGGGAUGCUCCCCUGGGCCCGGGCCUGACCUCUACCCAGCUCCCAUUUUCUCCAGCAAUCACUCAAGCCGAAGCGGAACAGCUGCUGGGGCCGUGCCACCCCCACAUCCUGUCAGUCACCCUUCUCCGGGACAUAAUGUACAGGGGAGCCCCCACCACCCCUCCUCCCAGGUACCUCCACUCACAGCUGUGGACGCCGGCGCCGAGAGGUUUGCACCCUCUGCUCCGUCUCCUCACCACAUCAGCCCCCGGAGAGUCCCAGCUCCUUCUUCAAUACUGCAGAGGACACAGCCUCCCCAGAACCAGCAGCCUCUGGGUUCUCACAUGAAGUCCUACCAGCCAGAAACAAACUCUUCUUUUCAACCAAAUGGUAUCCAUGUCCAUGGAUUUUAUGGACAGCUGCAGACGUUCUGCCCCCCGCAUUACCCCGACUCCCAGAGAACUGUGCCGCCUGGCAGCUCCUGCAGUGUGGUGCCUUCCUUUGAGGACUGCCUGGUCCCCACAUCCAUGGGCCAGGCGGGUUUUGAUGUUUUCCACAGAGCCUUCUCGACUCAUUCGGGCAUUGCAGUGUACGAUUUGCCUUCCAGUUCCUCAAGCCUCUUUGGGGAGUCUGUCCGCAGUGGUCCUGAAGACGCCGCAUUCUUGCAGCUCAGCGCCAUGGACCGCUGUCCCAGCCAGCUCUCCUCUGUCCACACAGAAGGCUAGAAGCUCCCUUGGCCUCUACUGCAUAUCUGACCAUCUUGUUGCUUGCCGCCUUCUGUUUUCGUCCUCUCGCAGACUGCGCAGGGAAGGAUGGCAGCCCAGUCAGCACAACCUGCAGAGUCACUGCCGGGUCUUCGGUGGGCAGGACUGGAUGGUCAGAGCUGGCUUUGCAGGAAGGUUCACAGUUGCUCCUUUUUCUCUCUGGGUUUGCUGGACCAGGUGACCAGCAGGACUGUCUUCUCAAAGGGAAUUUAGAGUCUUCUUACUCUUCUGGAUACCUGUUACUUCCUGGCUGUCAAUCCUCAAAGGACACCAAUGAAAGGAUGUGCAUUUGAAAAUGCAGUUUGGGGAUGACCUUGGCCAAAUACUCCAAAUAGGGAAGGACAACCCCGUUGCCUGAGGCACAAUAGCUGCCUCACCCAGUGCUCUGCCUCGAAGCUGAUGCCAAGCCGGGCACAUGAGGGAAAUCCGUGUCCAAAGCAUAGUAUGGUCUCAACUCCUGGAAACUCCCCUUUGCCUUUCCUCUUAGCCACAUGCUAACCAGCUGCUGCUUAAUGUUUCUCCAACAGCCGAGUAAGGUUUUAUACUUUAG